UUACAUUUUGAAUAGCUAGUUGUAGCUAACGGUCUACCGCGCUAAAACAAAAGGCUGAAAAUGGAUUGAAACGCGACGAACAGCUGAGAAAAUCUAGAACGGUGUUAGAAUACCUUGAACUUUGAAAGGAAGUGCAUGUAAUAACUUUGAAUGGCUUUAGAUUAUGUCCUUGUUAGGAUGUUGGCCCUGUGAGGAAGGCGACUUGAGCAAAAUGUCGGAUUCGGACUCGGACGGCGAUUGGGGUUUCCACCGCAACAAGAAGUUUGUGAAAACUCACGCACCCUUCAAAAUGAACCUUUCAGAGAGAGUGUUCAGCCAGUGGAGCUCCGUCCCCUUACAAACCAAGAAGGAAGGCGCUCAGCGGAUGAGAAUUUGCGUCUUCUGGUUUCCCACGCUGCUGCAGCCCGAGAUCUCCAAAACCUUCACUUGGGCGGCAGAAGUUGGCUUAAUCAACGAAGAGAAAAGUGAAAUGCUGGAUGUGGAGAACCUCCGCAGGAUUCAGGUGGUUGAAACGAUCCUGCUGCACCUGGAAGUGGCAAGUUUGGACAAAGAUUCCUCCAGACACGUUUUCAUUUUUUGCAACAUGUUGCAUGAGCACUGCUCUCCAGAGAUCCUGGAGGAAGCGGUGCGCUGGCUGGAGACGCUGGGCGAUCGGUUCAGACGGGAACAGCUGCUCUGCCUGGGAGGAUUCCCCAACUGCUACGCAACAUUCGGCUUCAUCUUCUCAGAGUAUGCCAAGUUUAUCCAGGAGAUGAGCAACAACCUGGACGGUACGAUGAGGUCCCUGAAGGCACCGCCCAACGCAUUGGCUACCAUGGAAAGUGAAGAGAUGAAGGUUCUGGGGAACGAGAAGUUUCAGGCCCAGCAGUACGCAGAAGCUCUGAGGUUUUACACCAACGCCAUCAAAUGCUAUCCUGAUAAUCACAUCCUGUACGGGAACAGAGCUCUGUGCUACAUCAAGCAGAAGGAAUAUCUAAAAGCAGCAGGAGAUGGAAAACGUGCCGUUCUCAUCGACCCGCUCUGGGCAAAGGGCCAUUACCGGUACUGCGAGGCGCUGUUCUUCCUCGGGGCCAUGGACCUGGCGUUGGAGGCCAACAGCACCGCCCGGUGGCUGUGCAGGGAAAACCCGGAGGGACUCAGAGAUCUGGACCAGCUGUACUUGAAGUUCAGGCCGGAGCCGCUGCCUGCUGAGCCGCCGCAGAGGCCUCACAGCUUUAAGGUUGGGCUGGUGAAGAAAAUCCCUCAGCCGACAAAACCAGGCGGUAAAAACAAUCCGGCCAGGAGCUCAGCUGCCAAGGUCAUCGAGACGAAAACGGACAAAAAAACAGUGCCGUCCGACCCGGAGGGACGACUCAAAGACCCCAAGACGUCCAGAAGGUCAGUGAGGUGUGUUGAAGCUGCAGGAGGCCCUGCAGGCCUGGAGCUGCCGUCCCUGAAACGGUCGAUUCUUUUCUCUGCCAUGAGUCUCGAGUCUCAGCCACCUGACAAAACUGAUUUUUCCAAGAACGUGGAAACGGACUGUAGACCGGGAUCUGGAGUCCGACUCCCGUCCUCGGUCCGCUGGGCCCAGGCCUCUCUGCCCCCUUCCUGUCGGGUUGCUGUCAAAGGCAACUAG